GCUACGAGUCGGGCAACCCCAGAAUUCUCGCCCUCUCUUCGCCGGAACAGCCCGGCACGGUCGCGCGACGUUAACCCUCCUUCGCGCGCGGCGUACUCCGAAGCGGAGCAUCUACGGCGGGCCCCGCCGCCCUUUCUACCCUGUCCUUGGCGUCAGCGAGCCACGGGCUCGCCGCCGUUGUCGCCGAGGAUGCCGGAGCAGUGAUAACAAUCGAUGAUAAUAAUUGCCGCGCGCCGCUUCCGGCGCGUCCUCCCGUGACCCCGGCGAGGACGAUCGACUGCCGUCUGUCUCGCGCGCGCGAUCGGGCAGACGAUCAGCCUCGGCGGCGCGGCGCCUCGCCAUAUCUCGCCGGCAUCGUACAAGUGGUGUAGCGAGCGUUGAGCGCGACGGAGAAAGAAAAUGCGCGGACGUUGCCCCGCGACACCCGGCACGUGAUCGUGCACCGGUCGACACCCGGGGGACUCUUCCGGGGUGUCUCUUCGAGUGUGAUUAUCACAAUCGCGAGUGACACGAGUGUCUUGGUCGCGACCUCCAGAUAGAAGUUGGUCAGAGGGGGAUCUCAUCGCGGCGAUUAAUGAAAGUUGUCCUCAUGGAUCCGUGGCAUUAGUCCUCACCAAUGAAAUACUUAAAUAUUUCGAUCAAUAGAGCGGGCGAUUGGCGUGACGAAAUUCUCGUGCCGAGUCCGCGCUACUUUGCAAGUGCGUAACGACCGCGAUGGACCGCGCAAACUGCGAGAGUGCAAGCGUCAGCUUGAAUAUGACAUCGCAACUCUACUCGUCGAUACUAACGGGUAACGCUCGAACGUGCUGCUGCUCGAUGCCGAUCAGGAAACAGCGAGGAAAGCCAGAGCGAGCCCUCCGAGUGUGCGAUCGAUGGUAAACUUGGUCGUACGUGUAAAAAUGUAAAAAAAAAGAGAGGAUUUUCGUCGACCAACGAUCGGGGUCGAUUUAGAAGUAUUCACGGAAGAGUGCAAGAAACGCGCGAAGGUGUCGUCGAUGUGGGAAGCAGCCAACAUGUUCGCGUGCCUGUGGAAUUUUUUCGACUGGCUCGACCAGCCGGUGACCAGCUCUACGCCCGGAAUGGACAAUAAAAAGAUUGUCCAGUCGAGCACGCCGCCCGCCGUACCUGUUCAGGUACGUAGCAAGCACGAUGGCUCGGGGGUGGCAGCUUCCGUGUCGGGGGUGCGCAGACGGAGCGGUCCUCAAGCGGGUCUGCGCUCGCCCGCCGCAAAAAGGCCCCUCUCCGCUCCCGUUGCGCUGCAGGGGUGGUUGUAUAAACAAGGCUCGGAGGGUCUCAUGCUGUGGAAGAAGCGUUGGUUCGUCCUCUCGGAGUACUGCCUCUUUUAUUACAAGGGCCCGGAGGAGGAGAAACUGCUAGGUUCGAUAUUACUACCUUCGUACAGAGUUACCGUCUGCAAACCCGAGGACAAAGUCAACAAGAAGUUCGCCUUCAAGGCUGAACACGCGAACAUGAGGACUUACCACUUCGCGGCUGACAGUCGGGAGAGCAUGAACCAGUGGGUGAAUGCUCUGACUCUGGCGACGCUUUUGCAAGAUCCUAGCCCUGGUGCGGGCGAAGCCGCGGUAGUCAUAGAGAUAGCGCAGGACGGCGAACGAAGCGCCCGGCCUAGCGUCUCGUCGAUCUCAUCGAUCCUGAAUCAGAGCGCCGACGACAGCGACUCCGGCUUCCAUGGCUUCCAGUCGCGCGACGACCCCAGCCAUGCCUCCAACAACAACUCCAGCCCGAAUAGCGCGAACACUGCCUCCUUCCCGAACCUCAGCGGUAGUAACAGCAACGGCAAUUCCGCCAACAACAAUCACACGAGUGACUCGUCGAGUCACCCGAUGAUGAACGGUUGGGUGCAACAGUCGUCGCCGUACGGCCAGCCCAGCACCUCUCAGCCGCAGCAGCAGCAGCACCAGCACCAGCAAUACGGGCACUUGCUCCCGCAGCAACUGACCCCGGGCCAUUCGCACCAGCAUCAGGCGUUGCUUCAUCAUCACUUGCCACAUCAGAACGCGCUUCCGACCCAUCAGUCAUCGCAUCCGCACAAGGUCCAACAGUCGCCGCAGCAGCAGCCGCCACAGCCCCAGCAGCUGUCGCAUCCCGGCUCGGGUGGCGUUCAAACGAUGCAGCCUAUGCCUCGAACAAAAUUCGGACAGCCGAUUUACGCGAACGCGCCGCCGAAGCCUAGAAGACUGACGGAUGGCUCUAACGAGUACUCGACGCCGUCGCCGGAUAUGGAUUACCGGAAGAGUCCGGUAUCGCCGGACGUCACGGUGACGAGCAAGAGUCCGAUGUCCGAUUACGAGAGGAGCAACACGAUAUACGGCACGCGGAUUCCACCGUCGCAGCAGAGUCUGCGAAUCGACAAAUCGGGCCUGAAUUACUAUGGCCAGACCACUCAACCGAUGGAGAGGAGGACCCCGGACACGUACGGCCGUAGUGCGAAGCCGAGGACUAGUAGCAGAGGCAACGGCGACUACGAGGAGGUCUACGGCACCCCACAACUUUAUCAGAGACCCGCGGGACCGGUGGGCUACACCAAGGGCGUGUCGCCGGCGCCCAUUCCUAUCCCUCUGUACGCGCAACAUCUGCAGCAACUGCACUCUCCCGUCACGCCGCCGAACAUGGCAAUGGUAAGACAAUCUAGAACUCAACCGCCGCCGCGACCGCAUAGCGCAGACUUCCUUGAGUAUGAAGCAGCAAGGCGACCGCAGCAGCAACCCGCGCAAUGCGAGAGACCCCCGGAUCAACAAAGAUGUCCGCAGAGGCCUAAAUCCAGCUUAGAUAUAAUGAAUCCGUCGGACACGACCAAUGACGGUUACUUCUAUUCCGAAGAAAGAUACGCGGCACAGAUGCGCCAGUCCGCGGUUUAUUUGCAUCAGACCCCUCAACAUUAUCAACAGCAGAGGAAUCAGUCCCUCUCGCGCGUCACGAUACAACCGAAGCUGCCGGGUAUUCGCGAUAAUACCGAUGAAAGUAGGAUAGCCACAUUGCCAGAUUCAACCUGUCCCGCUUUGAGACGCGCGCAGCGGGAUCACGUACAUCAGCAGCAUACGAUGCCCGCUCAGUCGCUGACGCAGAGACAUUCCGAGAUAAUGGGCGCCGAUCCGAAACUCCGAAGAUCCUUGCGCGAGAAAAGCUGCGAGGCGAAUGGCCGCGAGACGCUGACACACGGCGAGGACAACACGAUCCCUCGUAGAAUACCGCGCGGCGAGUACGACGGGUGGGGAAGAGCAGCAGCGGGUCACGGUGCCCACGGGACCCACAUCGCUCAGACGUGUCACGCCGGUCACGCAGGUGCCAGCAGACGAUGGAGCGAGCAGCAGCAGUUCUGCAGAUCAGCGUCGGCGCGUCUGCCAAGGACACGGCACCCCGCCGCCUUUGAUCCCGACGACGACGACUACGCCGAGAGGUCCUCCGAGCAGGAUUCACGAGAUGGUGAACGCAAGAUUCAGCAGCGCGAAGAGUCGAUGAAGCGGCUGCUGGAAUGGAAGCAGCGUAUGCUGCAAUCCCCGCUGACACGGAAGCCAUCCGGCUCGGCCAAUCGGGGCAGGACGCAAAAUGAUCUUUCGAGUUACUACAAGCAACAGGCGCUGCUGGAUUUGGCAGCGCACGAGGCCGCCGUGGCGGAGGGUCGUCACUCCCGUAGGCGGGAGGACGGGCAUCGUUCGCAUGUCAGGAGCAAGAGCUCGGACGGCCGUCGGACCGCCGUCAACGUGCCACGCUACAACAGCUAUUCCAGCGAUGACGAAGAGCUGGGAGAUGUCCGGAGGAAGCGCUCGCGCAGACCCUCGCAUGCAGGAAGGAGCCCCCGGCACGCCGGCGACGAUCGGUCAUCGGCGACGUCAGCCGUUCAGGAUGUCACGAUACCCGGGACCGGCCGCACGAGCGUUAAUCAGAUCCCGCAGUCGCAAACCGUUAAUGCUCGUAAAGCGAACCCGGGGGGCGCGCUCUCCUCUCUGGGUGGCAUACCGCCAGACGCGGGAUACGACGAGGUCAGCUUUCCGCCGAUGAUGAGAAACGAUUACGCGUACGCAUCGUCCUCGGCGGACAGGCAAUCGUCAUCCAGGAGAUCGGAUCCCGAGGCCACCUUCGAAGAUCCCGCGACCAGGCACAAGACCCCGAAGAAGCCGUCAGGUAUUUUGAAGACGUCGACCGCUUACGGUCUAGAUCAGCAGAAGUACGACGGGCAACAAACUGGGAAGAUCGAGAGCAGCAGAUCCGAUAAUUUGUGCGUUUAUCGAACCAACGAGUCCUGGCAUGUUCAGAAGAACGUACAGUGGGAUUCCAAGGACGAUAACGACGAAUGGGACCCCGGCAUCGAUGAGAGCAAAGUUAUAAGAGAGUUUUCUUAUCAGUAUAUUAAUCCUAAGAAAGUGCCGGUGCCAUCGAAAGUGGACGAUGAGGGCGAGAAAUUCGAGACUAUGAAUUUGGUGCAAUGCAGAAUCAGGUCUUUCGAGAUGAACAUGGAUGGCGCCAGUCCGGUGAAGGAGGUGCUGACCAUGCAGGAGCCGUUAAAGGUAUCGCCACUGCAGGCGACCGAGGCUCACGUCUCAAAGCUCGACUGCGCGAACAAGACAUCGGCCGUCAUACGUAGUUUCGCUCUGGGUGAUGCGAAUUCUCCGGAGAACGCUUCCAAACACAAGAGCGUCGAAGAGGGACACGCCAAGCAAGCUUCGACCGACAGUAACAAGUCGGUCAAAGAUCUCUUGGCGGACUUUGAGCGGAAGUCACAACAGGUUAAUCGGCCGAAAUCUGAAAAGCGGCAAGAAUCGAAGCAUCGCGGAGAUUACGGCGAUAACGAAACAUCACGAUAUGAAAUUGCGAGUAAUUUGGACCGUCGUGAUAGAGACGAUGAGAAGGAAAAACUCGUUGAGAAGAACGAAGCUAUUACGCAACGUUUUGCUUUAGACACUCUCUAUACAGAUACUGUACAAAUGCAAAAUUCCGAUGGAUCUCUGAAACAAAACAAAAUGACCAAUUCGAAAGAGAGUCUAACAGAUCAAUGCGUGUCAUCGACUGAUUUGAAUAUUAUCCCGAGUCCUAAUUGUGCCAGAACGAGUAUGACUGAAUCCUUAUUAACGCACAGUGAUCAAUUCUCCACUAACGAUCUCAUUAGUUCUGUUUUAAAGCAGGAUGACAUUAACAACGAGGAUCACUAUCUUCCCAUGUCUCCCAGAAAGGCUAUACUGGAUCCUAACAGUGACGACAGGCCGAAUCCUAAGAUAAUGGAGAGUCUGUUCGCCAGUCUCCAGCACGAGGAAAGUUCGUACGUGGAGAUGGCGCAGAACGGGAUGAAUCGCUCCCUUUUGGCACCGAACGAAGGCGGCGGAAAGCACGAUUCCGGCGAUUAUUCCACGCUGGACACGUCCCACUACGAACUUGUUUGUGUCUCGGAUAACAAGAUAGAGCCGGUAUAUAUGGAGGUGAAUCAAUUGUCCGAGAAGGAGGACGAGGACGGCAGUAAAGCAUCGUCGAUGAAAAAGAGCAACGUCGGCGAGAAUUCGCCGCAUUCCAGGGGCGAUUUGCCUGACAUCUUAACGGCACUCAAAUCCGAUAGUUCUGACGCCGAUGACGAGUCGUCCAAGGAUCUGGAUUCCAUAGACGCGCCACGACAUCCGCGAUUUAGUCUAUCUGACACCUUCCGACCGGCUUCUUACUAUCUGGGAGCUAGCCGCAACAUGAUCGCGGAAUUACACGACUCGUCGGACAGCGAGCUCGUAUCGCCGCCGCCGAUACCGACCACUCCACCGCCGCUGGACGAUUUAGACUCGCUGGACAUGCAGGAAUCCUUGGAAAUAAAGAAAGUCUCGCCGCAGGUGGCUAUGGCCAAGGAUAACGCGAUGAACCGCGACUCGCCAAAGUCUUGGAACAAACCAGCAGGUCAAGUGGAAACGCACAGGCCACCGUCAAGGUUUUCCGACGCGACCAUCAGCUCCACCUUUAGAGAUAGCAGGAUAUCGUUGGAGAGCGCAUCCGGAAGCGAUUCGAUCGAGCUCAGAAAUCCAGAGGAGGAAGCUCGGCACAGACAAUUGAAGAGAAGACCGGUAAGUGACGACGUUUGCGAGGUUCUGGACAGUCUGGACGAAUUGGAAUCGUUAGGAAGUCGUUUCGACACGAGCAUCUUCCUUGAUCAGUAUAUGGAGGAAUUACAGGCUAGAGAUGCGUUUAACGUAGAUCUUUACGCGAAGGAUCUGAGCUACAACAGCAUCUAUGGAUUCAACGAGAACAUGCUGGUGGUCGAUAAGCUGCAGAAGACCACGUGUCAAGAUCUAUCGAGGAAGAUGAAAUUAAUGUCCAGCAAUCUCGACCGGCCGUUCGAUUAUUCCGGCAAAAACAAAACUGGCUCGGCGAGCAGCCUGCCAUCCAUGAGAGUGUCCGAUCUACCGCCGACCCACCAACACUCGCAGUCCUUCACCGGUGACGCGCAUUACGAGAACGUCACGAGCUUCUCGCCGUUUCGCGGUUCGCCGGCGGUUCGACCCGACAGUGAGCCGCCACGCGACAGCGUUCACAGGAUGCAGAGCACGUCCCAGCUGCCAAUCUCUCACAGCAGGGAUUCCAGCUACUCGAACGCGUCGGCCGCGGCGUCCAUCUCGACGUCCAUGGCUUGCCAGAGGCCCGCGAGCGCUCAAUCCUCGAUGCACUCGCCUAUCAGCGCGUCCACGUCCUCGGUGAAUCACGGCAGCACGCUGACGAGUAUGCUGCAGAACGUCAACGCGUAUUCCGAGCAGAGGUUCCCGAAUCAUUCGAGAUCCGCCAGUCACGACACGUGUGUGCGACACGUGCUGCCGACUCAUCGAUCGACCUCCAGCCAGGACUCGAGUCAUUAUCCCGGUUCAAUGCCGAUGCAACCCGUUCCGCAACAAUCGUAUUUGCCGAACGCCAGCGAGCAGCGUGCCCAGAGCGAUCAAUCGGGAGCACCCUAUUAUUAUUCUGAUCUCCAGGCGAGUGUCAACAGCGUGGACAUGGAGAUGACCAAACCAAUGAUCGGCCAUACCUCGCGAUUACCUCAACUGAACAAUCAAAGGGACGACGCGGCGAUCGGUUUGAACAAGCGAAAUGAUAUCGGCCGUAUAGUGAACCCGAUCGCGCGGCAAAUGCCGCGGCAGAUUCAAGUGGACGACAUAGACGAGGCUAGACGCAUCGCCGCGGAAUUGAGACGGACGACCUGCCAAUUGCUGGGCGACAACAAAGCCGCUCUCGUGGACAAGAGAAACUUCUACGAGGCCGACACGCUACGCCGGGUCAAGUCUACUGAUCCACUGCCAGAUGUAUCUCUGCCCGAGGCUAGAAACUUAUAUCCCCACGGACUUAGAGAUAAGUCCGUUAAUCCAGGCAACAUCGAUAACGCGGAACCGAUGCACGUCACACAAGCGUCUCAUCGUCGGUCAAGAUCUCUGGAGGGAUUACUCGACGACGUCGGUUUGCAAAAUUUAGUGGAGCAACGAAACCGAGCUAACCGAGCGGCGGCAGCGGCAGCGACGGCGACAGCGACGGCGAUUUCAUCGCCUUCGACCAGUCAGAUCGAGGCAACGCAGCAAAACUUGCCGUCAUCCGGCAGUCAUAACGCCAUGACCGAGAGCAAUUUCAAUUCCGAGGAUCCUUGGGAGCAGGAUAGUCUUUGGUGCGAGAGUCUAAGGAGAGUGAGCCUGCGAAACGCCAGAUCCUUGGAUAAUCUAGACAGUCCGCCGAGACCUGGAAGAUCCGGUGACGCGAAGUCACGCGGCAGGAUCACUCGGGGAGCGACUUAUGUAAACGACAGUGUCGCUUUACGCAGGGACAACUGCGCGGAGGAAUCUUCGUGCGGCGAGCGACCGCGAGUCAAGCGCAGGACGAACAAGGAUCAUCACACGCGAGAACGGUCGAUCGUGGACGACGAGGACGUCGCUUACGAGACCCUGUCGAUGGAAGUGACCGGCGCGGGCGGUUACGUGUGGGACCCGCAAAGCAAGACCUACCACAAGCCUACCGUUUCGGACAGGAAUCAUUUUUUAGAGGACGGCAACCUUCCCCCGGCUCGCUCGAUCCCGGACGUCCGGAUGUCCGCGACGUCCUUCGAGCUCGACCGAGAGAAGCUCCGCCAAUGGGAUUUGUUGUCGAGCGCCUGCUUACUCCAGGAGCAGCAGCGCACCUCGAUGGCGGACUCGGGGCGAGGGUUGCCGGUCGUGGAACAUCCUGGAGACGCUCACGAUUCGCGGCUCGCCGUCGUCGCGGCGGCGGCGGCGACAACGACGAUGAAUGCGACGACGACAACGGUGAUGACGACCGCGAUACCGACGACGAUGACGACGACGACGACGACGACGAUAACGACAAUGGGCACGAUCGACAGCGAGCAAGUAGACGUUAUCGUAAAGCCAGUCGAUAUCGCGGAUGUACGCGACGUCUUGCCGACGAAGGUGCCGAUCAAGAGGCAGGAGCCGUGUAAACGGGCUGCAGCGUCCGGCUCGGGGUCCGUGAUAGGCAGAGACCCGCUUCCACCCAGGGCCGUCAGCACAUCUCAUCUGCCUCAGAGAACGCUGACUCAACCGCCGACGGCGGUGUCCACUCUUCCGCUACCGAGAAACAGUACCGGCAGCAGCCAUCGGCAGCAACCGCUUCCGCUCCAUCACUCGACUCCGCAGCAGCAGCAGCAGCAACCGCCUAUGAGGCAGCUGGAGAACGAGUCCACCGCCCAGAUGCUGAGGGCCGCCAGCAACGGCGACAUCGGCAAAUGCCCCGGCAUGGUUACCGGUAACGACAUGAGGGACCUGAGGUUAGCAUCGCCGGGCGGUCAUUCCACUCAGCGAUUGAUCAGCCCGAUCGGACACUUGCGGGUCGCUUCGUUAAACGACCACCGUGUCUCCAGUCCCAGCGACAGCGAGAUACGCGUGCACAGUCCAAGUGAGAGAAAAAUGAUCAGCCCGAUCGGCAGGGAGGUCGACCGCGGCGGGGGCACGACGACGAUGACGGGUCAGCGACAGCAGCAACAGCGAUCGCGCGCGGACUGCAGCGAGCUGCUGCACAAAAGGAGUAACGUCAGCUCCCUGAGAGCGGAUGCCGGCGGCAGGCUGGUGGCGCAGGCUGGCGCGUCCGGGCUGGUGCGCGUUUCCGCCGGCGAGCUCCUCGGCAGGACCCACGAGGAACUGGUGCUGCUGCUGAUCCAGCUGCGACGGCAGAACGCGACGGUCCUCAAGGCGAUGGAGACGUGCCACAUGGAGAUCGAGGCGCAGGCUAGACUGGCGGAUCUCGACACGCCGAGACGGCUAGAGAAUCUUCAAAAACUCGAGGAACUCAAGAGGCACCUGAUGGAUCUCGAGAAGCAGUACGAGAAGAGCAAGCCUCUUGUGAACCUCGUGGACAAUAUGGUGAAGCUGGGUUCUUUGUAUAAUCGUAACACUGCCAACGGGACCAGCAAUGUUUCCGGUUCUCGCCACGACCUGAUGCACGAGAACGCGAGGGAUCAUCGCGACCGUCUGGAAUUUAAUCAAAGGGUGCAGGAGCAACGACUGUUGGCCGAGGAGCGCAGGGAUUGGGACAGACUAAGUCCCGAUCACGGACAGUUGCAGGCCAAAGUACAGCAGCUCUACAAACUCGAUCGACUGCUCCAGGAGGAAUCUGGCACGCUGCAUAGUCUCCAACAGGACAAGGAAAUACUCGAGAAGGCUUUGGGCGGGUUGCGGCACAAACUGCAAGGUAGCAGAAGCAAUUUGGCCGAAGCGGAGCGAUAUCGGAAGCAGCAACUCCUAUUGGAGCGCGAGCUGAGCCGAGUGAGGAUACUGCUCGCUCAUAACUCGAAGGUAAAACCGGUAUUCUUCCAGAAACUUGAGGAAACAGUGGCCGAGAACGCGAGGUUGGAGCAAGAUUUGGUGGUACUGAGGCAAAAGGUGCAAGCGUCCAGAAGAUACGCCGGUAACAUCGCGAGGGACACCUCGAGCACGACCGCACCGCUGGAAGCGGAAUUACGACGAGUGCAACAACUCGUCGGCGACCUACAGAGACAGAGGAAGGAACUGAGCAUUCAAGUUCGCCAACUGACGGAGAAAUCUCAUAGUUUAGUGCAGCAAAUUCGCCCGCAGCCACCGCACGCUCCUCAGGUACAUCAUUCGAAGAAACGUACGCAAAACUCCUGGCUGGAGACCGACUUAGAUUCCGGAAUAACUCUGGACCACGGUUUGGACUCACCGUCGAGCACGUCUCUGUCUAUCUCACCACCGAACAGGCAAAACGACAGCUCUCAUCAGCGAUACGGCUCUCCUACGCAGUACAAGGACCUAUCCCCGUUGAAUCGCCUACAUAAUCAGCAAUCCGUCGUGCAGCCCUCACAAAAUCACAUAUCGGCGCUCUCGCCGCAGCUGCGCGAGCAGAUUCAACAGCACCAAUUAAAGCAACAAUUAUUAAAGGAUCAAAUGCAGGGCAAAGGUAGCGCGAUUCAAGUGGCGCCUCUGUACGUUAAUACGGAUUCGAGAGCAGCAGGCGAUUAUGUCGCCGACACGAGCAAGCAUAACGGAAACGUGUUGAAUGGCGCACCGAAUCCUGCUCCGGAAUAUAUCCCACCGCCGCCGCCACCCUUGAGCGAGGAAGCAUUGUUACUCAACGAUAAUUAUAGACAAAACGAGGAUAACAAAUUCGCCGGAUUAAUGCACAGUCGCGAGAAGCAGGAGAUUAAGACGGUGCGCAUAGUGAAACGCGAAUCGGAAAGGCGACAGAGGGAUCGCGGCGAUAGAACUGGCAAUCUCGGAAUUCCCCUGACGAACGGCCUUCAAGCGCCGGGCGGCGCGAAGAGACUGUGCGACGAUGAUCUCGGAGGCUCCCAAAAAUUCGAAAAAGCUCAGCUUGGCAGAGUGGUGGAGGAAUCGCCGAUCGUUCACGCGCAGAGCACGGUUCAGCUGUCCGAACUGGAUGACGUUCAGUUCCAAAGAAGCAUGUCUCUGCCACGUGGUUUCGGCGGGCAGAAGCAGCACUCCGGAGUACCCUACGGACCCGUGGUGCCUCCGCCGCGAAGCGACAGCAUGCACGCCCUGAAGAGCAUGAUGGCGCGUCGGCAUAAGAUCAGGUUCGAAAGUCACGACGGCAGCUCCGAUAGCACUCUGUCACCGUACACGGAUAGCCCUACGUCCAGCUCUCACGUGCCGAUGAGCUCGCCCAACUACUCCACCGCCUCGUCGUACAGCCCGUGCCAGAGCCAGAAUUAUCCGUCGCAAGCGGCGACGGUCGCCGCGCAGCCUCACUAUCACAACUACUCGCUCGGACCGUACAGGCAAUACGAGAAAAUCGGCACUCUCGCGGGUGCCAUGAGCCCCGAAUUAACGUCGCCGGCUAACGUCGGCAUUCAUGAGAGACCGGCCGCCGCCGCCGCCGCCGCCGCCGCGACGACGACGAACGCAAACCAGUCCGAAUCGCCGCAAUUGUCGCCGGUAUUCAAGAGCGAGGCUGCCAAACAGAUUAUCAAAGAGAUGACGGAGAAGAGGGUGGAGGGACCGAGACGAAGGCAAAUACCUCGCGAAAAGAGGCGGCAUUACACUGUGUCUAGUAGCAAACCGGUGCUCGAUCUAGAGGACACUUUCUCGAAGAUGGGUAUGGGUAGAGCCAGGGACGAUCUGGACAUGGAAAGAGCGCUCAGACCCAGGAUAAACGCCCCGGAUGUGGUGCGAUCGACGUUGAGUCACAAGGAGUUGAAAUAUAACGAGAGCACCAUAGAUCAGCUGUUAGGCACGCCUAAUAAGAUUGUCAUUCCCGAGCGAUAUAUUCCUGAACAGACGCCGGAGCUAACAGCGGAAGAACAGGAGCAACGUUUAAAGAAGGCGGAAGCGAUUAGGAAAAUGCUUUCGGAAACAACCGUGACCGCGCCGGAAGGAGGUGACGAUGAUUCUAACGUAGAAAAAUCAGACACCUUGAAGCGCAAGGUAGUGGAAGAAAAGCGACAGAGGGAACACAUUCUUCAGCUUAAUCAGAUAUUGGCGAAGCAAGUGAUGGAGAAAAGUAAGAUGGUAGCGGUGAAAGCUCUAGCGACGCUUCCUCUGAAAACUGAGUCGAGCUUAGACGACGAGGACCUCUCGCCCGUGGCUCCUUUACCACUUUAUCAGCAGCGAGAGAACUUCUACUCCUAAGCGUCAUCCCAGAGGCACAAACAGAAGCACAAAAACUACUGCCAAUACGAAGAACGAGAAAGGACAACAAGGAAGAGAAGAACGGGAGAAACUUUUUUCCCCCCGACGACUAGUUAAGAAACGCGCGGAAAUUCGCGCGAAGUACUGAGAAAGAGUGCUUUUUAUUCUCGCGCACCGAUUGCAUUGUACAUAAUCAUCGACUAAAUAACAUGAUAAUAAGUAGCUGUUCAUUAUUUGUUAACUUGAUAGGAGCUCGUAACGUACGCAAGGUACACACGAAGAAGCGUGUGAGGGAAGCGCAAGCGGCGCGAGGCUGCGCGAUAGAAAGGAAUUCGUGAACGAACGUUCGUCAGGACCGCGAGCUCAUCUUUUUCCAAUUAAAUCGCACGUUAUCGCGAGACUUAUCGUCAUUUUUUACUAACCCUGGCGUCCAGCGAGCGUUGAAAAUCCCGGCGGACCGGCCGAACCUCGUCCGCGCGACGAACGCGCGCUACCGGGCGAUAAUAAUCCGGGGCUUUGGAAGAACCUUUUACCGCGUCUCUUCGACGAGUUCUUUUUUCGAAAGUUUUCAAAUCGUACGCGUAUUUGUAUACAAGCACAGGAGACUGCGAAACCUCCCGACUGAGAAACUGAUUUGGAUAUAUACCGUUACGUACCUUUAUCCCGUUUUACGUAUACAAUCAUUUUCGAGCGAGGCGAACUUUUAUAUACGUCGACCCACAGGCGAGCGACGCGAAACUUGCCGCGACCCCUUACCGAAAUCCGAGCGAGGUGGUACCAUAUUUAGAUUUUAUUCGGCACGGCAGGCUCGUCAUUUUAACGAGGACAAAACGCGACAUACGGUUGUGCAACGCGUCGAGAUCGGAGGAGAAAAGUGUUUUACGGUUGUUUUACGAAAAAUACUUGCGCUAAAAUGAUCGAGCCUGCACGAUUUCGUUCGUCGAACUUGGCGAGAGCGAGUUCGCGAGGAUUAUACCGUGUAAAACUAUAGAUUGUAAGGUGCGCACGAUACAUACGCUUCUGAAGCGCCCGUUGAUAUUAGCGUUAUAUACCUACACGAUUUUUCACGGGCCAUUGUAGUAUGGCGUUUUAAUGUUUAGAGCAGUUGUCUCACACACACACACGGUCAUGAGGGAAGAGUGCCAAAUUCCUAUCACGAGCGAUUGAACGAUCGUCAAUUAAAAGAAUCGCCGUAGCGAUCGCUGGAACGUUAUUAUAAAAGCGCGAGGAAACGAUCGUAUAGCGAUGAAUAUCUUACGUUAAAUUUCGUUCGGCUUGAAUUUUGUCGAUACUUCAAGUCGAGCUCAAUAUCGAGAUAUUAAUUUCGUUAUUCGGUAUUGUUGCUGUAUCCCUCCGGCGUCGAGGUGCAAUUUUGGACACAGUCUUAUAAAUACAUACAUAUAUAAAAUUCAUAUUCAGUAUACAUUAAAAUGUUAUAUAUAUCGAAAAAUUACAUAUAAUUUUUAUGUAUAUAUAUUUUAUUGGUCUAAAAUGAAUCAUGAUUGGUCGGCAGAGUCUAUUUGAAAUUCAUAUUCAGUAUACAUAUGAUAUAUAAUAUUAUUUACACAAGAAACAUAUAUUAUAUAUA